AGGACAGCCACCGCAUUGGUUCCUACCACAGUUCAGCAGCCUCCCGAAACAAUUACAUUAUCAGGAUCUACAAUCGUCUCGACGAUUGCAGGACAGGUCACAACGAUCCAGCUUCCGGGAUCGACCUUGACCCUCCGAACAACAGACACUGUUGUUUUACCCCCUUCUACUACCACUUUACCUGGCUCAACUGUGGUGACAACUCUGACGGAAACCAUCCCUGCUUCCACCAUUACACUCACGGAAGACGGAGUUACUUUCACGAGCGUCAUCCCUGGCCCAACGUCUGUCGUCACUUCAACCUUGACGCUUCCACCUAUUACUCUGACCCUCCCUCCUUCGACCGUUACUCGUACCGAGAUCCAGGACAAGACGGCUUGCCCUGCUCCCACCAACACUCCUGGUUUCAACCCCGUCGUCGACUUCAAUCCCAAGUCGAACCUCACUUGGGGCUGCCAGCCUGGGUACGUCUGUAACCCUGCCAAGCCCGCCGGCUGCAGCCUGUGGGCUGAGUCGCCGGCAAAUGAAUAUGCUUGCAAUCCUAAAGACUGCGUUCCUGCGCCGCCCUAUACCUUGGCCGCGUGGAAAGAGAACGAAACGCACUAUUUCCCGCCCAACGAUGGCUACUUUAACCUUAACCCCAACGCCUUCGGACUCUCCUUCGACAUCUUUGACUAUGAAAUCAUUGUUACGAAGGUGAAGGACAAGCAUGGUUACAAGAAGACCACCAUCACAACUGGAAACUGGGCCUCGGCAACUGACCUCACGCACUUCCCUCCCAUAGCCCAGCCCACUUUGACACUUGCUCCAGCCUCCACCCCUUCCCCCGAGAACGGCCAGCACGCUCCCAAGCACCACAAGGAGAGCAAGGGCCAUGGGCGCCGUUCUCUCCUCAAUAAGCGUGACUUUACCAUUGCCCCGGCCGUUUGCUUCGAUGGAUGCAACAACUGCUAUAUUGAGGUUCAGGCCGUUGGCAAGGUCGCAAGCAUCUGCCUGGCGGGGUCUGCCUUUCUGACCGAUCUGGCCGCAUGCAGAACUUGUGUAGAGGAGAACGACACUGGUGAUGGAAAGGAGACCCUACGAAUUCACAUCGAGCCCAAGUUCCAGCAGUUCAUCUCCUUUUGUGAGGGCGAGGCUCCUCAGAGCCCGUCUUCUGCUACCAUAUUGCCGCCUCAAAGCCAGCGAAUUUCGGUUACCUUGACCACGGCCAACCAAGACGCCGGUUCUACGGAGACUUCGGCGGUUCCAAUCCCCGACAUUACCACUACCACCUCUGUUGAGUCAUCCACAAUCACCGUCAACUCUGGCACUACGGCCAUAGCCGCAUCUUCGGCGACAUCGAUUUUCAGCUCGACGGAGACUACACAGGCGUCAGCUACAGCUUCCGAGGCGACAUCCACGGCCAUCAUCACCUCUGGAACCACGAUCAUAACUGAUACUACCCCAACAGGUCUACCUGAGUCUAUCUUGACUGUAUCAACAACAGUCUUAUCUGGUACCGAAGCUGGCAGUGUCUCUACCUCUGCCAGCAGCGACUUCACGAGCGCUUCUGCAAGUGCCUCUGCAAGCGCUUUCUCUAGCAUUCCCGCAAGCAUCUCAGCAAGCGAGUCGUCGCCUUCUCCAGCAAUAACCCCGACGGUCUCGUCUAGCAUCACAACCAGCGGCGCUGGCCCGAGUCCCUCCGCUUCCAGCGUCUUUAGCUUCAGCUCCGGCACUCUGUCAACCACAGCCGGUGGAGAAGGCGGUUCAGCUUCCGAAACAGCACCAGGAACACAAACCCCCUCCACCACCAUCUUGUCGCCAAGCAACGGCACCACCGGUCCUGUCAUCGUUCCCACAGCAACUGCGACGAAACCGAUCACAUCUACCCUACUUGCCAUCUUCGCGCCGCUUUUGGCUCUUCUAUUCAUCUAA